AUGAUCAAUUCAUUCCUGCUUAAUGAUGUCAGAAAAAGAGCUGAUGAUGUUGCCAAAUAUACUCAAUGUCCUGGUACCUUUCCCAUUACUGUUAUCGAAGAUACAUACACUCCAGCAAUAAUUGUACCCGACCAAAUCCUUACUGAACACGUUAUAUGGGAUAGCACUGUUGAAAUUUUAACAACAACCAUCUUUACCGAUACUGCCACUCACUUUAAUGGCACAUUGAUAUACACACAUCAAGAGGCUUAUUGUACAAGUCCGCAUAAACCCCUUAAUAUAGAAUGUCCAAUUCCAGCAGGACACCUCGACUUUAAAGCUCAAUAUGCGAUCCCUAGUAAUCCUGACCAACCUAAGGCUCAAACUGUCGAGUUUUUGGUAAACUUGACUCUUACCAGCUCGGAUGGAACUAUUUUAAUGUGCAUAGAAGGCAAGCCCUCCAUGAAAUUUCCUUAA